UGGAGACUGAAAAUUUGAAUGAAGAAUUUAUUAACAGUGUUUAUGAAAAUGAAUUUAAUGAAUCUAAAAGUGGUACCACUUCCACCUUACGUAGACAUUUAUUUAAUAAUCACCCAAUAUUGUUCAAAGAAAAGAAUGAAGGUCCUUUGGAUCAGUUUAUAAAAUCAAAUGAGAGAUUAAUAUUUACUCAAGAUACUUGGAAUGAAAAUCUUAUUAAAUGGAUAGUUGAAGAUGAUCAAUCAUUUAAUGUAGUAGAGAAACAAUCUUUUAAAAC